AUGUCUGCACCCCGAGAACGCAAACCGUCUGUUGGUGCUCCCAUCGCCGACCUCCAGGGUCCCGUGGGUCCAGGAUUCAGCCGCCCCAAGCACAAACGUACCUUCACUGGCUUCGGUCCUUCCGAGAUCAAGAAUGUGGAAGCAAGCAUUCCCGAGCCGCUGAGAGAAGCAUGGAGGAAAUACUCUGCUUCCGAGUUUAGCAACAAGGAAGAAUUCGAGAAAGAGCUAGUGCGCCACAUUGAGACCACACUUGCUCGAUCUUUGUACAAUUGCGACGAGCAUGCGGCUUAUUCGGGCACGGCGCUCGCGUUCCGAGACCGAUUAAUCAUUGAAUGGAACAAGACUCAGCAGCGCCAGACAUUUACCGAUCAGAAGCGCGUCUAUUAUCUUUCUCUUGAGUUCUUGAUGGGCCGCGCUCUAGACAACGCCAUGCUCAACGUGGGCAUGAAAGAUGCUGCUCGGGAUGGCCUGAAUGACCUCGGCUUCCGCGUUGAGGAUGUCAUUGAACAGGAGCAUGAUGCCGCACUGGGCAAUGGUGGCCUUGGACGUCUUGCCGCUUGUUUCUUGGACAGCAUGGCAACUCUCAAUUAUCCAGCCUGGGGCUACGGACUCCGGUACCGCUACGGAAUCUUCAAGCAGGAGAUUGUCAAUGGCUACCAAAUGGAAGUUCCAGACUACUGGCUUGAUAACAACCCGUGGGAAUUCCCUCGACACGAGAUCACCGUGGACAUCCAAUUCUACGGACAUGUGAGAAACUACCAGGAUGAGAAUGGCAAGAUUGUUCAUUCUUGGGAAGACGGAGAGAUUGUCCAAGCUGUCGCCUACGACGUGCCGAUCCCUGGCUAUGGCACCAAGACGACCAACAACCUACGGCUUUGGUCUAGCAAGGCCAGCAGCGGAGAGUUUGACUUCCAGAAAUUUAACGCCGGUGACUACGAAAGCGCGGUGGCGGACCAGCAGAGGGCAGAAACCAUUUCAGCUGUGCUGUACCCUAAUGACAACCUGGAGCGAGGCAAGGAGCUUCGACUGAAGCAGCAGUACUUCUGGUGCGCAGCGUCUUUGUUCGACAUCGUGCGCCGAUUCAAGAAGACGCAUAGAGCUUGGAAUGAGUUCCCGGACCAAGUGGCCAUUCAGCUGAAUGACACCCAUCCCACCCUUGCCAUCGUUGAGCUGCAGCGUAUCUUGAUUGACAAAGAAGGCCUUGAGUGGGACGAGGCAUGGAACAUUGUGACCAAGACAUUCGGAUACACCAACCACACUGUGUUGCCCGAGGCUUUGGAGAAGUGGUCUGUUCCCCUGAUGCAGAACCUCCUCCCGCGACACCUACAGAUCAUCUAUGACAUCAAUCUGCUCUUCUUGCAGUCGGUUGAGAAGCGUUUCCCCCAGGAUCGAGAACUGCUGUCCCGCGUCUCGAUCAUUGAGGAAUCGCACCCCAAGAUGGUGCGAAUGGCCUAUAUUGCCAUUAUCGGAUCUCACAAAGUGAAUGGCGUUGCUGAACUGCAUUCGGAUCUCCUGAGGACAACCCUCUUCAAAGACUUUGUCAAGAUCUACGGGCCUGACCGGUUUACCAAUGUGACCAACGGCGUCACUCCCCGAAGAUGGCUGCACCAGGCCAACCCGUUGCUAUCUGCCCUCAUUGCAGAGAAACUGGGUGGUCAUGAGUUCCUGACUGAUCUGACCCUUUUGGAUAAGCUCGAGGCCUUUGUAGACGACAAGGACUUCCGGCGCGAGUGGGCUCAUAUCAAGACCAUGAACAAAUUGCGUCUUGCCAAGUUCAUCAAGCGAACCACAGGUCACGAAGUGGAUCCGAACUCUCUGUUUGAUAUCCAGGUCAAGCGUAUUCACGAAUACAAGCGCCAGCAGCUCAAUAUAUUCGGUGUCAUCCACCGAUAUCUCAACAUCAAGGCCAUGUCGGCCGAAGAGAAGAAGAAGGUCGUCCCACGAGUUUCGAUCUUCGGCGGUAAGGCUGCACCUGGUUACUGGAUGGCCAAGACGAUCAUCCACCUCAUCAACAAGGUUGCAGAUGUCGUGAACAAGGACCCGGCUGUUGGCAAUCUCCUCAAGGUUAUCUUUAUCGAAGACUACAAUGUCAGCAAAGCCGAGAUCAUUUGCCCGGCGUCGGACAUCAGCGAGCACAUCUCGACAGCUGGUACUGAGGGUAGUGGUACCAGUAACAUGAAGUUCGUGAUGAACGGCGGUCUGAUUAUUGGAACUUGCGAUGGGGCCAACAUCGAAAUCACCCGAGAAAUCGGCGAGCAUAACAUCUUCCUCUUCGGUAACCUCGCAGAAGAUGUCGAGGAGCUCCGCCACCGACACUUCUAUGGCUCCUUCAAGCUUGACCCGCAACUGGAAAAGGUUUUCGCCGCGAUCAAGGGUAACAUGUUCGGCGACGCGGGUGACUUCUCCGCCCUGACUGCCUCCAUCGAAGAGCACGGCGAUUAUUAUCUCGUCUCGGAUGACUUCAACUCCUAUAUCACCACCCACGGCAUGGUUGAUGAAGCCUUCAAGAACAAGGAGGAGUGGCUGGCCAAGUCGAUCACGAGUGUUGCGCGAAUGGGCUUCUUCUCCACUGACCGCGUGAUUAAUGAGUAUGCAGAUAGUAUCUGGAACAUUGAGCCUCUUGCGGUCAAGGACUAA